AUGGCGCCUCAGUUUGCUGGCGCUGCCCGCGCAGCUCACUCGUGUGUUUAUCUCGACAUUGCUUCACGAAAUCGACUUUCCGUAUACGAAUUUGGAACGUUUCCGACCGGUAAAGUCGGUUAAACUGUCGUUUUUGAAUAGCGUGCGCAUUUUGUGACCCGCCAAAAUUCGCAUUGCGAUUCAAAGGUGUUAUUGCUUCACUCUGUUACGCUUAAGUCUUAACAGAUAACUGUGAGGAAACGUGUGUGAGAUUCUCGUGCUGUGGAAACGGCAGUGUUAAGUGCAGUGAUUGAAGGCAUAAUUCUUAUGAGUGUUUGAAUUUCUAAUACGAAUCGCUAACGUUGAGCAAAAAGUGGUUUGUGUGUUACUUAUCUGUUUACGGAGUUUCUGAUACUUGGGUGUUGGACACUAAUCAAUAAUAGAUACGAAGGGACGAAUUGUGCAACGCCACGCCAGGAAAGGGAGGAACUGACAAAACAAAAUGUGACCACCGACGACAUCACCAAAACACGACGAUUGUUCUUCAAAUUCAUGAGUCUUGUCUCAAGAUUACAUGAUUAAGACACACUUAUUUAUUUAUAUUUAACUUUAACGAAUCUAGUCGCAAUAGUUUAUUAAAUGAAGCAAUUUAGACUUAAUGUUCACAUGAAAUUGUACCAAGAGAUUAAGUACAAAGAGACGAGACAGUACAAAAGGGAAUACUAAUGUUUGAUUUAGAAGUAAAUUGAUUUUAUUGGAAGUUCCCGAACGUUCGAGGCAAGAUGUCCACUAGUUUCGAGAACUCGGCUAUGAAGAGCAGCUUCUCCCUGUCCUCGUUGAAGAGCGCCGCCUACCCCAACGGGCCCUGUGACCAGCUCGAGAGGCCCUAUCACAGCCUUACUAAAAAGAGGAAGGAGCCAUGCCGCGAAGCGUGGCGGCGCAGCUGGGGCUCGGCGGCGAGCGGCGGCAGCGUCGCCGACGACCUCUGGCCGCUGCUGCAGCACCACUACGAGUAUAUCAUGGACAACCAGAUCAUCGAUACGUGCAAGGAAGCAAACGGCGAGUUGUUGUCGAACAACGCGUCAGUAUUGCACGGGCCGCGGCUGCUGAACCCGACGUCCGGCUUCAACCGGCAGUGGUCGCUCAGCCAGCUCAUAUCGGAGUUCACGGAGCUGUGCCAGUGGCUCACACACGUGCAGGAGGAGAUAUACUCGAGUCCGGAAAACUUGUCCAGCAGGAAGUUGAGAACGAAUCGUAUGUCGGAGCUAGUGUCAGUGGAGCCGCGUCGAGCGAAAUUCGUCGAGCAGGCCUCCGCCAUCCUCGACAGGAUACCCGAGGCUGGCGCUGAGGUGUCAUGGCGUGUGGAACAUCUGAACGUGAAGUGGGAGAGUCUCCGCUUGCUACUUAGCCCAGAGCAGCAGCAACGCGAUGGAGACUGCUCCGACACUGUUGACCCGGCCCACGAGCUGCGCUGCCUGCGGCGCUGGCUGCACGUGAUGGAGGGCCGGCUGCCGCCGCCGUCGCUGGCGGCCGCGCGCGCCGCGCCCUACCACGAGCUGCUGCGGAAGCUUCGAGAACAUCAGGUAUUGCAACGCGACGUGGAAUGCCACGGCCGGAUCGUGAGCUCGGUGGUGCGGCUGUGCGGCGGCGGUGACGCGGCGCGCGCGCUCGAGCGCCGCUGGCACCUACUGUACCUGCGCGCGAUCGAGUGGCAGUGCCACCUGGAGGCGUGUCUCGCUAAGAGUGAUAGUCAGAACCUAGUGACAGAAGAAGCAGCCAGCGACAGUGACGACGAGCCGGCACUGAAACAGCCGCGUCUGAGCCGGCGCGGCUCGCCGAAGCGGCAACGCACGUCGGUGUACGCGCGCGCGCGGGACUACUCGGAGGACAGCAGGCAGUCUGCGUCUGAAGAGGAGCAGGAGUAUGCAGUGGUAGACGGGUGCGGUUGGCGCAACUUCGGUUCGGACUGCGAGUGGGAGUCGAGCCGCGGCAGGAUGGCGGACGAGCGGCGCGUGCCCGCCGGCGCCGCGCGCCAGCUCGCACGGCGCGCACACACCGAUCAGACCGUGCCCGCCACUGAUGAGAUCGAUGGCAACGCAACGCGCAUAGACGAUGUACCGAGAGAAAUCAAAACUCCCCCCACCGUAAUCAAGAGAAAGAAACCAGUGGAUACCUCGAGGUUCAAUCAAUCAGAUCGGAAAUCCAAGAACUGCGCAACGUUUUAUUUCAGACACCACGACACGGACUCCGACAGGCAAGUGAUUGAGGCCGAUGAGAAAUCACAAGAUGAGUCUUCUGAAGAGGAAUGGACAUAUGUGAACGGGGCCAAAAUAGCUAACGAGGAUUCCACGGAUAUAAUGACGUCAUCGGUUGAGAUACAAUGCGAACUGCCCGUGGAUGAAAAGAUAUCAGCAUCGCCUAAGCCCAAAUUGGAAUCCAGCACUCCGGACUUAUUGCGGGUCGAUCAGAAUUCAAGAUGCAAGGAUAUUGAACGGCUAGUGAUUCAAGCUGAGGAAUUGGUGCAAAAGCAAGCGCAACAAAUGGCAAAGAAGAAGGGAUCUAGGAAUUUCAAACCGCUGAUGCUGGAGGAGGAAGGGAAGUCGGUCAGUCGGGCUAAGAUGUCGCGGAUAAAGGAGUGGUUGAACCAGAGCUCGGAUGGGAAAAACGAUGGUAAUCAGGGCACGGAAAACUACGACGCAUCGGGCGAAUACACAACGGAGAGCGAAGUGGACACAUCGUUGACGUCUGAAGAGAGGAAUCUGCAUUCUUCCAUGGAUAUGAGCACUUCAACUUGCACCGUCACACCAACACAUCAGGCGAAGGUGCAACUGCGCAAGAAGCGGGUCGGCAACAGCGCGCGGCCGUGGUCGGUCUCCUGUCUCUCCCAGCUCAGCGGCGCGGCAAUGUCGCUCGCCACGCCCACUAACGACAUCACGCUUAACAUGUCCAUAUCUGAAUCGGCUCUGAACACCCUGGCCUCGCCGCAAAGGGUAACGCCGGGGAAUUCCAGCUCGAAAUUACGCGGCAGUUCUACCACGGUACAGGGCCACAUAUCGAGCACGAACACGAUGACCGAGGCGUGCACGUCGUGCGUGGAGGGCGACAAGCCGUGCUGGGCGCGGCGCAAGCGGCUGCGCGCCCCCCGCACCCCCCGCGCCGCCCGCGCCCCCCGCGCCGCCCGCCUCGUCAAGUCGCUCUCGUUCUGCGGCCGCGCGCCGCCCCGCGCCGAGCCGCCCGAGCGCAGCGCCGCCAGCGACCCGCCCGCCACCAGGAAGAGCCGGUUCGACACAACGUCCACCUCAGGCAACGACAGCGACGAGGAACUAAUCAAACAGCAAGUGGCAACCAUCGCGCACCUGCGCAUGAGCAUAGAGAAGACGCACAUCUCGUCAAAAGAGCAAGACGGUGCCAUCCCUGAACAGAACGAGAGCGAACAAGUAGCACCCAGCUUCAAACUGGGCCCAGAAGGUGGUUUGGUUCGACCGAGGCUUACAAAGAGUAUGGAACGGGAAAGGUCCUUCUUGGCUCUCAGUUUGGGAGACCCGAGCCAAAUGUGGGACUUGUGUGUGGACAAGGAUUCCGAUAUCGAUAAGAGUGUGACGGCCGGCACCGAGGGACAUAGCUCCUUUUCUGAACAGGCGUGGGACUUCUAUCAGGAAAAAUAUAAUUCAGAACCAUAUUCAGAAGCUCCGGACUCAGAUGCCGCGCGCCGUUUGUUGGAAUUCGGUGACGACUAUAGAGCCUUUUUGGACUCACAGUCAGAUUGUUGCUCAAGUCUUUCGGCACAACCGGAGAACGACCUCAGUCCCAGCGGCACUCGCAGGCGGCGACCCCCUUCAGAUAUAUCGAGAGAAAGGAGCCUCCCCAGACACAAGAGACCCUCGAGAACGUCCCCAAUAGACACCCCAGUCAGAAAGCCCAAAAAGUCUAUGUCCAGCGCCGAGCGCAAAAAGAAUUUACUGGACAGCCUAGAGAGAUCUAGAAACAAUACGAGCAUAGAGAGCAACGAGGGGGGCCGCAGGCGGAGGCCCUCCGAGAGCGAGCGCAGAAACAGCAAACGGUCCCCCGAAUUCGACCUGCUCAACGUCCAAGCGCUCAGCCGCAGACGUCACAGCUCAAACCUGACCAGCGACGAGGUGAACAGCUCCCUCGAGUACACGGAGGUCAACAACCGGCCGGACAUACUGGACUCGUUGAACCGGAGACGCAAAGAGAACGGCGAGGCGGAGCUGCACAAAGUGGCGCUGGCCGAGCUGCGCAGGCGCUCCACCGAGAGCGGGGACUCGGAGGAGGAGUCGACGUCGGCCAAGCACAGCCGGCGCCAGCGGGGCGCGUCGGGCUCGGAGGCGGAGGAGGCGGAGGAGGAGGCGGAGGAGGUGCGCGCGCUCGUGCGGCGCUCGGGCGCGCAGCUGCAGGCGGCGGAGGCGCAGCUGGCGCGCGCCGCGUCGCCCGACCUGCUGCGGCCCGUGGACUACACGGAGGUCGUAACGCGUUGCCGCGAAAACAUCAAUCUAUUGGAAGUGGCUUUAGCGGACGGCACAUUGUCGCCAGCUUUACAGCGCGAUGUCAGAGCGGUGUCAGCGAGAUGGUCAGCCCUCCGCGCGGCGGCGACGCGUCGCGGCGGCGCGCGCCGCCUGCGCCGCGAGAUCGCAUCACUGCGGGAGACGCUGGAUGAGCUCUGUGAGCACGGCGACAGUGCGCCGCAGCCGCACACUAGAGCCCAGUUACACAGGAGGAUCGAGGAAUUGAAGGACCGUCUGUCACGUUUGUUAGAAUGCAAAGUUUCCAUGCUGAAACUCACGGUCUCCGUUCGUCGUGCCCUCGGCGAAAUGGAGACAGAUGAAAGCGGCCUGACUGCGGAUCUGACGGCUCUUCUGGCCGCUUGGGACGACGCACAUCAACGCACAUCAAAUGAGCUUCUCUCGCUUGAAAAGGCAGUGAGUGCCUGGACGGAAUGGGAGAAUGCACUGCGUGAACUUCAAGGUGCUUUACGUGGUGAUAUAGCUACGCUGAAGGCGUUGCACGAAAAAGGCUCCAAGAUAGAUGACCAAAGCGAAGUUGCUGUCCAGAUACGACAGCUGGCUGCUUCUUUGGUUGAUAAAAAAAAGGGCGGCUCGACGUGCGACUCGCUGUCCGACUCCGGCAUAUCGGACGGGGACAGCGAGAACGCGGGCGGGCGCGCGCGGCGCCUCAGCGCGCUGCGCGAGCUCGCCCAGCGCCUGCAGGCCGCGCUCGCGCCCAACUCGCCCGCGCACAGGGCCAUCGCGAAGCGUAUGGAGCAAACAGAGAAUGAAGUUAAGAUAUUGCAAGAGUCGUGCCGUGCUCUUGUGGAGCAAAGCAUUCCCGAUCUUAAAAUGGAAGAUGAUACGGAGCACGCAAUUGUAGCAACAAGCAAAACCGGUUCAGGGGACCCGGACUAUAACCCGCGCAGUGGCUGGGUGUGGCGCGUUCUCCGCUCAUCGAUCCCCAUACAACUCUGUCUCGUGGCGUUGCUCUUGGCCGCAUGGCUCGUGGAGCGGCCGAAAUGUUGCGACGCACUGAACUCGCUCGCGCAAACAUUAACUCCACAACUACGUUACGUCAGGGGACCGCCGCCGGUCUGAACGCUCCUUUAUACUUGAAGGUUUGACAGCUGUCACUCUGACGUGUGAUGCGUGACGUCAACAGCGGCACAAUGGCGCCCGUUGAGAAUGAGUGGCGCGAAUUAGUUGUCAUUCACCGGAAAUUUUAGUUCGGAUUGAGGAACGUAGUUUUCAAUUUAGAUUCUAUUUUCGAACUGUUUUGUUCUGUACACAUUGGUGUGUAAUAAAAAUUUGUUAUCUGUAGACGAUGUUGUUUGCAGUCAUUUAAUAAUUGAAAAUUCUAUGAUGAAGACUGCGUAGUUGAAACUACAGCUUAUUUUAUAAUCUAGGACGAAAUGGAGGAUACUGAGAGCGUUUAAGAAGCUCACAAGACAUUUUUAAUAUAAAUAUACAAACUUCAAACCAUAUAAUUGGUUGAAAAGGUUGUGAUAUGGAACAUCCAACUAGUGUUGUGUUAUUUUAAUUUUUUAUGUCUGUGUGAAUGUUGGAUUUGGUAGCAGUUGCAUGUUUAAUCAAUAAUAAUCAAUUUGCCAAAUUCCAAGAAUAGAUGCGAGAGUCUGAUGAGGUAUAAAUGCUAUGCUAAGUGACUAACAAAGAAGUACAUUAAGUAUUCUUUUAUUUAUAUUGACGUGUGAACGCAGCCUUAACUAUUUUUUUUUACUACCGUCAUGGUUUGCGUGGAAACGAAAUAAAAUAUUGCUCACAGCAAAAAAAAAUGUCAAAUAAACAAAAGUGUUCCAAAAAAUAAUAUCAUCUGUAUCAGAUGAAGUUCAAACUAGGUACUUUAGUAAUAAUUUACUAACAAGUUUGUAUGUAAGCCUAUUGUAGUACAAUUACUUAAAUUUUGUCGUGUGUGGAAUGCGCUAUGUGUGUAUUUUGUGACGUACCUUAAACGAUGCUAUUUGUUAACUUGCACUUAAGUAGAUUUUGUUCUGGAAUUAUUAUUACUAUAUAUUUUAUAUAUUUUAUCUGUUCGGCGGAAAUAACUGUCAGCAACUAGAAAAGGUGUCUACAUAAUCUUCCCAGCCUUACGUUUUAUAAUACUGCACGUUUAGUUGUCUAUGUGUUAUUACAAUACUAAAUGAAAGGCAUCAUAUCAAAUCCGGUAUAUUUCAUCGAAAUGUCACCGAACAGAUGAUUUAUAUAGAAUGUAUUACAUAAUGUAGUACAGUGGCCUUAAUAAAAAUUAACUAAGAAGACUGAAUAAAUAAAUAUCAAUUUAGUAGCUAAACUUAAAUGUCUAUACAUAUUUUUUUAUUAUCUGUUGUAAUGUCACAUGUAAAUGGUAUUUCAUCUGACAUUUAGUAUGCGAUUUUACUAUCUAUUCGGUUAAAGAUACUUGCAGCAUUAGAGAAUCAAUUAAAUUGUUAGCAAGCUAAUAAAGUUCAGAUAAUGUGGAUCAACUGGCUUUAAUAGUCUACUAACUUUUAAUGGAAUUUCAUAUACAUUUUUGAUACCAUAAUACAACUGCUAGACUGUUAUACUGUUCUGUCUUAUAGUAUCGCAAACUACAGGUCAGAUGACAAAUCACUCUUACUAUAUUUUUUCCAAUAAUUUCAUCCGUGUUAUUGAUUUUA